AUGUCAGCGCAGCAGAAAGUGCUCUUCCUCCAGUCUAAGCAAGGGAAAUUCGCGGUCGGAACGACUGCGGUACCGACCCCUGGCCCCGGCGAACUGCUCGUCAAAGUCGAGGCUACCGCGUUGAACCCUGUCGACUGGAAGAUACAAGCUGGAGGCUUUAUGAUCACCGAGUAUCCUGCCAUUCUCGGUGGAGAUGUUGCAGGCACCGUCGAAGCGAUCGGCGAGGGGGCUACCGGGUUUACUGUCGGCGACAGAGUGUUGUCACAGGGCUUGAUUGGACAUCCUACACAUGCUACGUUCCAACAAUACACCCUCGUCUAUGCAGAUGUCACUGCUAAAAUACCGAGCAAGCUCACGUUCGACCAAGCGGCGUCGAUCCCUCUCUGUCUUGCAACCGCUGGGCUUGGUCUCUUCUAUCCCGAGAACCUGCAGGCAAGCGCGGGCUUCUUACCUCCUUGGAGGGAGGGUGGCCGCGGCAAGUACGCAGGCCAUCCCAUAGCGAUCUUUGGCGGUUCCUCUUCCGUCGGGCAAUUCGCGAUCCAGCUCUCCAAGCUCGCCGGGUUCUCACCCAUCAUCGCCACCGCCUCUUUGCACAACACGGAGCUGCUCACGUCGCAGGGUGCCACGCACGUCCUCGACCGGCAUCUCUCUGCCGCAGCGUUGCAGGCCGCCAUUGCCAAAAUCACGACCGCGCCCAUUGAGACCGUAUUUGACGUGAUCGCCCUGCAAGACACGCAGAACACUGCGUACCAAGUCCUCGCUCCGCACGGCAAGCUUCUCCUGGUGCUAGGGGAUCAGGUAGACCCCGCGCUGAAGGCGAAGGGCGGAGACAAGAAAAUCAUCAACGUAUUCGGAAACACCAACGUUCCAGCGAACCGCCAGGCCGGGCAUUAUUUGUAUGCUCAGCUCACGGCGCUGCUCGAAGAGGGCGCAAUCAAGCCGAACCAUGUCGAGGUGCUGCCGGGUGGUUUGGCUGGUAUACCGGGCGGACUUGCGAGGCUGCAGGCCGAUAAGGUCAGCGGGGCCAAGCUCAUCGCGCGCCCACAGGAGACGGCGUAG